CCGUUGAUGUACUUCCGUUUACUACAACCUAAAGUUGUUUGUCAUUCUUUGCUCACUUUGUCGACUCCACAAUUCAGAAUCUCGGGCAAUGUUUGGUACUUAACCAUACUCGCGACUUCCAGGAGUGUGAUAUUCGGUUUAGGCAGGAUGUCUCGCUGCGUCGCGUUACAGACGCAUCUGGCGUCCGUGAUUGAGGCUUUAGUUCACGCCGCGAUCGCUGAAAUGUGCAAACUUACGGAUGAGGAGUCUCUGACGGGUCUCACAAGCGAUGCUUCAAAAGAUCAGCGUAAAAGCACAGAGACCGAGGCGAGAAAGAAGAUGGAAAAGGAGGAGAAAAUGAAACGGUUUGCAUCGGUUAUGGAAGUAUUGGGCAAUGAAGCUUUAGGCAAAAUAAUAAAGCUCGUGGAUGAAACCAAAUUACUGUUGAAUCUGGAGUGCAAAACGUUUUCAGGCAAAAGGGCAAAGCGGCCAGGCUGCAUCUUGAACAUUCUGUCUGCUGGAGGACUGGAAGAGGAACAUUCUUAUGAUGGAAGUGCAAGAAGCCUGGAGAUGAAAACCGAACGUGAGUCUGUUUCAGUCACAGAGGACUGUCCAGAAUCCCCAGUGAUAUUGGCAGUGACGAUCAGAGAUGAAUUUGGAAAAGUUGAUUUGAAGUCCAUCACUGCUGGUCACUUCAACAAUAUUUCAGAAGAUGGAGUAGCAUCUGUUUUGCCAGAAAACGGCAGUGAAGGCCCACAAGAAGCCGUUGCCUUAUUUGGAAAGAGAUCCUUUAUUUGUUGCGACUGUGGAAAGAGUUUCUCUUCCCAUAGCAACCUCAAAUCUCACCAGCGCAUUCACACGGGAGAAAAGCCCUUCGGCUGCGGCCUCUGCGGCAAGGCUUUCGCUCACAAACAAAGUCUGUCCGACCACCAGCGAGUCCACUCAGGAGAAAAGCCAUUUGUUUGUAAAGUCUGCGACAAAUCCUUCGGGAAAGCGGCGCAUCUGAAAACCCACGAAAUCAUCCACACCGGCGAAAAACCUUUUGCCUGCAAAGUCUGCGGAAAGAGAUUCAACAUCGCUCAAAAUCUGUCCAGACACCAACUCACACACACCGGCGAAAAGGAGUUCAAAUGUUCAGUGUGUCAGAAAAGCUUCACACGGGCCGUAACGCUCAAAACUCAUCAGCUCAUUCACACAGGCCAGAAACCGUACUCCUGCGUGUCUUGCGGGAAGGCUUUCCGUCACGCGGUUAACCUGAGAAACCACGAGCGCAUCCACACAGGCCAGCGACCGUUCAGUUGUGACUUGUGCGGCAAGACUUUCCGCCAGGCUGUCAAUCUCAAAAUCCACAAACGAAUUCACACGGGGGAAAAGCCUUUCAGCUGUAAGGAGUGCGGGAAGAGCUUCAGUCAGCAGAGCAGUCUCAUUACACACAGCCGCACUCACUCCGGAGAAAAACCCUUUGGCUGCAAUUACUGUGAUAAGUGGUUUAACAAUUCAAACAGCCUCAAGCUGCACCAAAGAGUGCACACCGGUGAGAAACCCUACUAUUGUGAGCAAUGCGACAAGUAUUUCAGUCAGGGAAGUCACCUGCGUACUCACAAACGCCACAUUCAUGGAGGAGGGAAGCAGUACAUAUGUGAUAAAUGUGGGAAGAGGUAUGCGGAUCCUCGAAAUCUUAAACUGCAUAAAUGCUUUUAUGCGUAGUCGUGGUGUUGAAAAUGUUCAACACUGUAGUGUAAUUCUGAGCCCAUUUCUUUCUAUGAUAUAAACAGUAUGGUGUCUGAAAGAGAGACAUGCAGAAAUUAAAUUAACUUUUUUUAUUUUAAACAAGCUCAUUUUUCUACUCCUUUGAAGUUAAACAGUUGAUUUUACCAGUUUUGCAUCCGUUUGGUCUGGUGGGAGCACUUUCAGCUUAGCUUAGCAUAAGUCAAUGAAUCUGAUUAGACCAUUAGCAUCUCGCUCAACUUUCUAAAAACACUUAAUUUUUCUAUUUAAAGCUUUAGCUGUGGUUCUAUCAUGUACUAAGACCGACAGAAAAUAAAGAGUUGCGAUUGUUCUUGGCUGAUAUGGCGAGGAACAAUAUUUUCAUUCUGGUGUAAUAAUCAUACUUUGCUGCUGUAGUAUGGCUGAAGCAGGUGCAUUGAUAUUACACACUCAAUCAUUUUUGGGAAUUGGCUCAUUUUACAACUCCCCUAUAGUUAAACCGUCAAGCUUUUCCAUUUCUACAUCCAUUUAGUUGAUAUCCGGGUCUGGCAGGAGCACUUUUAGCUAGCUUAGAAUAAACCAUUAUAUCGGAUUAGACCAGGGGUGGGCAAACUUGGUCCUGGAGGGCCGGUGUCCUGCAUAGUUUAGCUUCAACUCUAAUCAAACACACCUGAACAUGCUAAUCAGUGUCAACUCCCCUAUAGUUAAACCGUCAAGCUUUUCCAUUUCUACAUCCAUUUAGUUGAUAUCCGGGUCUGGCAGGAGCACUUUUAGCUUAGCAUAAACUAUUAAAUCGGAUUAGACCAUUAGCAUCUCACUCAACUUUCUAAAAAAACGCUUAAUUUUUCUAUUUAAAGCUUUAGCUGUGGUUCCAUCAUGUACUAAGACCAACAGAAAAUAAAAGAUGUGAUUUUCUUGGCUGAUAUUGCGAGGAACUAUAUUUUCAUUCUGGCGUAAUAAUCAUACCUUGCUGCUGUAGUAAGGCUGAAGCAGGAGCAUUGAUAUUACACACUCAACCAUUUUUGGGAAUAGGCUCAUUUUACAACUCCCCUAUAGUUAAACAGUCAAGCUUUUCCAUUUCUACAUCCAUUUAGUUGAUAUCCGGGUCUGGCAGGAGCACUUUCAGCUAGCUUAGAAUAAACCAUUAUAUCGGAUUAGACCAGGGGUGGGCAAACUCGGUCCUGGAGGGCCGGUGUCCUGUAUAGUUCAGCUUCAACUCUAAUCAAACACACCUGAACAUGCUAAUCAGUGUCUCCAAGAUCACUAAUUAUCUAUAAGCAGGUGUGUUUGAUCAGAGCUGGAGCUAAACUGUGCAGGACACCGGCCCUCCAGGACUGAGUUUGCCCAUCCCUGGAUUAGACCAUUAGCAUCUCACUCAAAAAAAAAAAGUUAUAAUUUUCCUAUUUGAACCUCGCCUCUGUAGCUGCAUAACUAAUGUUAUUUAGUUCCUUUCCUAGUAUGCCAGAAUGAGAGUAUAGUUCUCAGCAAAAAUUUUGUGUUUAAUAGACAUCUAAACGUAGACAGCUUGGCUAAAAUGAGGCUGAACUUGGGCUAUCAGUAAAAAUUUAAUAACCCAAAACUAGACUAGUCGUCAAAUAGACAGAUUAGACAGACUUUAUAUGUGUAAUCAUUCAUUUGUUUAUUUGAUAACUAGUCUAAUUUUGGCCUAUUUUUAGACAUCUAUUAGAUUUUCACAGACAGGCCAAAUUUAGCCUUGUUUUAGCCUAGAUGACUAUGUUUAGACGUCUAUUAGACAUCUUUAAAAAAAAAAUGCUUGCUUGGUAUUCUCCAGCUAGGUAACAGUGCUGCGUAAUGUGCUGCCUUUGUACAGCCAUGACAUGAGCCUUUAUUAAGACAUUCAAAUGAGAGCCAUAUCAGCCUAGAAAGUAGCAAGUGUUCAUUUUCCGUCUGUCUUUGUACAUGAUGCAACUACAGAGGAGACGAGGUUCAAAUAGGAAAAUUAUAACUUUUUUGGUUUUUUUGUGUUUUUCUGGAGAUGCUAAUGGUCUAAUCCGAUUUAAUGUUUUAUGCUAAGCUAAGCUAAAAGUGCUCCUGCCAGACCCGGAGAUCAACUAAAUGGAUGUAAAAACGGAAAAGCUCAACUGUUUAACGAUAAGGGAGCUGUAAAAUGAGCCUAUUCCCAAAAAUGGUUGAUUGUUUCUUUAAGAAACUGUGUCCAACUGGAAAAACACUAAUAAAUUUGGAAACAUCUUCAGUUUGACAGCAAAUAUGCACGGCAAUCCUCAGAACGCAUGCUAAUAAAGAAAUGUGCAGACUACAACGGAGACCCAAACACGUGUGUUGUCAAACUGAUGAUGUUAGUGUUUUUCUGUAUAUAUGUGUUUUCCUAAGCUGCAUCUCUCUGUCAAUGUAAUUAAUAAAUGUAGAAUAUUUAUGACUAUUGAUGCAGUCACUUAUCAAUUUUAUUGCGAUUAUUUUUGUCAAUGCCGUGGACUGUCAAGUGGCCUCAAAUCUAUUUUUUCAUAGCUUAAAAUUAGGUAUUUUUCAUAAAACUAUUUUUGAAUUACAUUUUAGGAUUUGCUGUAACUUUUUUUGUUAGUGUUAGUACAUCUUGAAUUCAGAUGUUGCACCUUUACUUGUGGAUCCCAAGUGAAAAGGCUUUUAUGCCAUAUUUUUUAUGUUUGAGUGGGAACAUAGUAAAAAAAUCUCCACCAGUUGGGUUUGAUAUCUAUAAGUCAUCUUUAAAUUAUUAAUUUUAUUUGGUGUUAUUUGCAGCUACAGAAAGACUGAAAUAUUUUAAAAGAUAAAACGAGAUCCAUAUUGUCAAAUACAGUAUUCACACUAUCUAAUAUUUGAUUUUUCUGUUGAUUUUUGCCACCGCAUUUAUCAUGAAAAUGUUUCCCAGUACAGUGAAUCGUGUGUUUUCAAUAAAAUGAAAAUCACUUGUUCUU